AUGCCCAGGUACACGGCGCACGUGCGCGGAGAGUGGCUGGCCGUGCCCUGCCGGGACGCGCAGCUCACGGUGGGCUGGCUGGGCCGCGAGGCCGUGCGGCGGUACAUCAAGAACAAGCCCGACAACGGCGGCUUCGCCUCGGUGGACGACGCCCGCUUCCUCGUGCGCCGCUGCAACGGCCUGGGUCUGCUGGACAAUGAGGACGCUCUGGGGGCGGCUCUGGAGGACAACGAGUUCGUGGAAGUGGUUAUAGAAGGAGAUGCUAUGUCUCCCGACUUCAUUCCUUCGCAGCCAGAAGGAGUUUACUUAUACAGCAAAUACCGGGAACCUGAGAAGUACAUCGCCUUAGAUGGGGACAGUCUGACCACAGAGGACCUGGUCAGCUUGGGCAAGGGACACUACAAAAUCAAGCUCACCCCCACUGCUGAAAAGAGGGUGCAAAAAUCCAGGGAAGUCAUAGACAGAAUCGUGGAAGAAAAAACUGUUGUUUACGGCAUUACUACGGGUUUUGGGAAAUUUGCCAGAACUGUAAUUCCUGUCAGUAAACUCGAGGAGCUCCAGUUCAACCUAGUUCGUUCACAUUCUUCAGGUGUUGGGAAACCACUAAUCCCUGAGAGAUGCCGGAUGCUCUUGGCUUUAAGGAUCAAUGUCUUAGCCAAAGGAUACAGUGGCAUUUCCCUGGAGACUCUCAAACAAGUUAUCGAAGUAUUUAAUGCCUCCUGCCUUCCAUAUGUCCCAGAGAAAGGAACUGUCGGUGCCAGUGGGGACCUCGCCCCGCUCUCUCAUCUUGCUCUCGGGCUGAUUGGAGAAGGGAAGAUGUGGUCUCCAAAGAGCGGCUGGGCUGAUGCUAAAUACGUCCUCGCAGCUCAUGGAUUGAAGCCAAUUGUUUUGAAACCAAAAGAGGGUCUGGCGCUCAUCAACGGGACACAGAUGAUCACCUCCCUGGGCUCUGAGGCUGUGGAGAGGGCCAGCGCCAUCGCUCGGCAAGCUGACAUAGUGGCGGCCUUGACCCUCGAGGUGCUCAAGGGCACCACCAAAGCCUUCGAUACUGACAUUCACGCUGUUCGUCCUCAUCGUGGGCAAGUUGAAGUUGCUUUUCGGUUUCGGUCCCUCUUGGACUCGGAUCACCACCCAUCUGAAAUAGCAGAAAGUCACAGGUUCUGCGAUCGUGUUCAAGAUGCAUACACCUUGCGCUGCUGUCCACAGGUCCAUGGUGUGGUGAAUGACACAAUAGCAUUUGUGAAGAACAUCAUAACCACGGAAAUUAACAGUGCAACAGAUAACCCUAUGGUGUUUGCCAACAGGGGAGAGACUAUUUCUGGAGGAAACUUCCAUGGUGAAUAUCCAGCCAAAGCCCUGGACUAUUUGGCCAUUGGUGUCCAUGAACUUGCUGCAAUUAGUGAAAGAAGAAUCGAAAGACUCUGCAAUCCCUCCCUCAGCGAGCUGCCUGCCUUCCUGGUGGCCGAAGGCGGUCUGAAUUCUGGAUUCAUGAUAGCCCACUGCACCGCUGCAGCCCUGGUUUCUGAGAACAAGGCUCUGUGCCACCCUUCGUCCGUGGACUCCCUCUCCACCAGCGCGGCCACGGAGGACCACGUCUCCAUGGGAGGAUGGGCAGCCAGGAAGGCUCUCAGGGUCAUUGAGCAUGUGGAGCAAGUGUUGGCCAUCGAGCUUCUUGCAGCCUGCCAGGGCAUAGAGUUCCUCCGCCCCUUGAAAACCACCACUCCACUGGAGAAGGUCUAUGACCUGGUGCGCUCUGUUGUGAGGCCCUGGAUAAAAGAUCGCUUCAUGGCCCCAGACAUUGAGGCAGCGCACAGGCUGCUCGUAGAGCAGAAGGUUUGGGAAGUAGCUGCACCCUACAUUGAAAAAUACAGGAUGGAGCAUAUUCCGGAAUCAAGACCUGUUUCUCCAACAGCAUUUUCACUGGAAUUUCUGCACAAGAAAUCUACCAAGAUCCCAGAGUCUGAGGAUCUUUAA